GCCACGCUCUCAUGCUCCGGCUCGGAGUGGGUAGGGUAACCGAUAACCGAACGCUCAACCGAAAUACCCGACCUCUUAUCCGCUCAGCUACUGACCUCCGCUCCUCCAGCUCCAGGUUCCUCCAGCUCCGGGCGGCGCUUGUCGCCCCCGGCGGCAGCGCCUCCUCCUCCACUUGCCCGCUCCCCCGGCCCCGAUUCCUCCCGGCUGCAAGACUGUAGAUCGAUACAUCUAGCACCAGGUGCGGCCUCUGCUCGUCCUUUGCUGUGGCAAGGGUGGAGCAGCGGAAUCGAUCCCCGCAUCGCGGAAGAGCUCGCAGCCUCUUAUCCACUCCACCUCUGUCCAGUGACCGCCGCCGCCUUCUAGCUGGGUGGAAGAAACAUGUCAAGAAUGGCGCCUCCGUCCUCUCCCCUGUCCAUGAAGCCCCCGACGCUGCCCUUCUCCCCUCCCAAGAAGCCGGCGCCGAUGCCGGUGUACAAGGACCUGCACUUCAACCGCGACCUCUCCGCUACCAAGAAGCUCCAGGCCGGGGUGGACCUGGUGGCGCGGUUGGUGGGGGUCACCCUGGGGCCCAAUGGGAGGAACGUGGUGCUUGGCAACAAGUAUGGCCCUCCCAAGAUUGUCAACGAUGGGGAGACCGUCCUUAAGGAGAUCGAAUUGGAGGAUCCAUUAGAAAAUCUUGGAGUGAAGCUGGUCAGGCAGGCUGGUGCAAGGACCAAUGAUAUUGCAGGAGAUGGUUGUACCACUUCCAUAAUCCUUGCUCGAGGCCUGAUUGCUGAAGGAAUGAAGGUUCUUGCAGCAGGAAUCAACCCAGUUCAGGUUGCACGUGGUAUUGAGAAGACUGCUGCCGCUUUGGUGUCUGAACUCAGAGUAAUGUCACGGGAGAUUGAAGACCAUGAACUUGCACAUGUGGCUGCAGUUAGCGCAGGAAAUGAUUAUGCUGUUGGAAAUAUGAUUUCUGAUGCUUUUCAAAGAGUAGGUAGAAAAGGAAUGGUGAGAAUUGAAAAUGGAAGAGGCACCGAAAACAGUCUGGAUGUUGUUGAAGGAAUGCAAUUUGAACGUGGUUACCUCUCGCCCUACUUUGUUACUGAUCGUGCAAAUAUGACGGUGGAGUUCACAGACUGUAAGGUAAGGGCAAGUUGUUAGGUUGAUCUCCUUCCUAAUAGGCCCA